UUACCCCCCACGCGUUUUCUUUCCCAUUGAGUCUCAAAGAAUACACCUACACCCAUCUGGGGAUGGAAGCACGCUCGAUCUCCCCACGACGCGUCCAGUUUCACACGGGCAUCCAGAAAGAAGUCCCAACCUCGAGUCGUUCCUAGGAGCACGAUUCGCCGGUCGCCAUAUCAGAAACGCCGCACUGUCCAAUGUCUUGCCAAAGCUUCCUCGAUAGAUAGUGACGGGUGCGUCCAGACUGCGACUCUCCGUCGUUUGCGGGGGGCUUUAUGCAAAGUUGAGUCAUGUAAACGAGAUGCGGGGUUUGGGAGGAUAAAGUCGACGGAAGAGAACUUUCUGAGGGAAAGAGCCGCCGGCGACGUGCGUUGAGAAAACCCAUUCUCGUCACGUACACCGCGAUGCGUUACGUCCCUGCCGUUUGCCACUCCAGUGACCAUCGUCUUCUAGCUCGCUUCCGGUUCAUGCAAACUUUUCCUCUAAAAUAUAUUCGGACAAGUCCGAUGGAGGAGAAGAACUCGGAUGAAACAUCUCUGAAGCAUACUUCGUGGGCGAUCCGGCCCUACCGCAAGCACUCGGGCGCUGUUUAAUUCAGUCCGAC